UCGUCAUUCAAAAUAGGCAACAACCGGAAGAAAGAGAAGAAGAACAGACUGUGAUAUAAACAAACAGCAAAUAGCGGGUGUGUUCCAUUUUCAGUCUUGUCCAUUGAAAACAUGUAUCGUGCGGCACUGGGGAUAUCAGCCAUUGGAGUGUUGCUUGUGCAACACAUUAUCAAGAAACAGUAUCUCAAGAGGCAGAAGCGACGAAUUACGAGAAACCGCACUAAAUGGGUGAAAUCGUGGAUACUGCAGCGAGAGGCUCAUGGGACUUUCCCGAACCUGUGUCGAGAGCUGGAGUUACAUGAAAAGCCAGAUUUCCGAAAUUUUGCUCGGCUUUUUCCUGUUCAGUUCCACAUGGUGGAGGAACUCCUCACUCCAAUCAUCCAGAGGGAAAACACGAACUACCGGGAUUGCAUCUCCGUGGGGACACGUUUGAUGGUUACGCUGCGAUUUUUGGCAACAGGGGAAAGCUUCAGGAGCCUUUCCUACCAGUUCAGAGUGGGAGUGUCAACCAUCCGGCAAUUCGUUCCAGAGACCUGUACAGCCAUCUACGAGGUUUUAAAAGAGAAAUACCUGAAGUGCCCAGACACAGUGGAAGAGUGGCAGCAAGUAGCUGAUGGAUUCCAGGCUCAGUGGAACUUCCCAAACUGCCUAGGUGCCCUGGAUGGGAAACACAUCAACAUCCGCCCCCCUCCAAGAACUGGAUCAACCUACUACAACUACAAACAUACAUUUUCCAUUGUGCUAAUGGAAUCAUCAGUUUGAUGAUGAAGAAACCAUCACGUCUGAAAGGCUACAUGUGAAUAGAGGGGCAGAAAACCGUCUUGGAUAUUUACAUUUCAAUCUUGAAGUACUUGACUCUUAGUCCUGCAACUUCAUACUUAUGCUCCACAACAGUUUGAUGAUGAAGAAACCAUCACGUCUGAAAGGCUAUAUGUGAAUAGAGGGGCAGAAAACCGUCUUGGAUAUUUACAUUUCAAUCUUGAACAAAGAACAGCGGUAGACAGUAUGUGAUGUACUUAGACACUGUACUUAAGGACAAUGUUGAAGUACUUGAGACUAAUCCUGCAACUUUAAGGCCCUGCUCCACUCCCAUUCAGUGUACUUUAUACUGCUCACUUAACUUUGAAGAUUCUGAACACUACAAAAUGUAAUCAAGACAUAUUUUAUCAUGUAUUAUUAUAGGUUAAGAUAAAAUGUUAUUGAUCCCAUGGUGAAUUUCCUAAGCUACCCAGCAGUAUAUGAUGUAAUUUAAAUCAGCUCCUCCACUUCAGCUCUCUGAAGCAGAAAUAAAUCAUUCUAUGUUGUGUAAUGGCUGUAGUAUGAAGGUACGAAAUAAAGUUUUGCAGUUUA